ACGCAAAAAUGGCAGCAGUUCAGAAACCCAAGAGUGAGAUGACGCCAGAGGAGUUAUCUCAACAUGAGCAGGAGGGGUUUAACACUGGCCCAUUGUCUGUGCUGACACAGUCUGUGAAGAACAACACACAAUUGCUAGCUCGUGUAAAAGCUUUCGAUAGACAUUGCAAUAUGGUCUUAGAGAAUGUGAAAGAGAUGUGGACAGAGCAACCCAAAGCUGGCAAAGGAAAGAAGAAAUCAAAACCUGUGAACAAAGACAGAUUCAUCUCCAAAAUGUUUCUUCGUGGGGAUUCUGUCAUUUUAGUGCUGAGGAAUCCCCUGGCAACUGCUAAAUAA